AAAAUAAGUGUUAAAUAAUGAGCCAACGACAAAUAAUUCAAGUUUUUGAACAGUACCAGAGAUCCCGACUGCAGUUUGUUCAGACGGUGGCUGAUCUUGCAAACCGGCAACAAAACAUAGAAAUUCUGCAAAAAGCAGGUGUGAUCUCCUUGCUACGCCCGCUUACGCUGGAUGUAGUACCAAGCGUUCAACAGACUGCAGCUUUGGCUCUCGGCCGCCUGGCAGACCACAAUAAUGACCUGGCUGAAGCUGUGGUUAAGGCGGAGAUCCUCCCCCAACUUGUCAACUCUCUUGAUUCACAGAAUAGGUUUUACAAAAAGGCAGCGGCGUUUGUGCUGCGGGCUGUAGCCAAACACUCUCCUGAGCUUGCUGAGGCUGUGGUGUUGUCCGGAGGAGCCAACGCUCUGGUGCUCUGCCUCGAGGACUUUGACCCUGGGGUGAAGGAGGCGGCUGCCUGGGCUCUGGGCUGCAUCGCACGACACAGUGCAUCUCUAGCUCAGGCCGUGCUGGAUGCAGGCGCAGCCCCUCUGCUGGUUUUGUCUCUUCAGGAGCCUGAAAUAGCCCUGAAACGCAUCGCUGCCUCUGUGCUGAGUGACAUCUGCAAACACACACCAGAGCUGGCUCAGACUGUGGUGGACACUGGGGCUAUUGCACAUUUAGCACAAAUGAUUCUGAAUCCAGACGCCAAACUGAAGAGACAGGUGUUCUCAGCGUUGAGUCAGAUCAGUAAGCACUCCUACAGUUUGGCUGAAAUGGUGAUCGAAGCGGAGGUUUUCCCUGCAGCAAUCGCCUGUCUUAGAGACCCAGAUGAAUAUGUGAGGAAAAAUGUCACUACGCUUAUGAGAGAGGUGGUCAAGCAUACGCCAGAGCUGGCUCAGUUAAUAGUGAACUGUGGAGGUCUGGCAGCUGUUAUAGACUACUUGGGCGACUGCCGUGGACAGAUGCGUCUGCCUGGGAUCAUGAUGCUGGGAUACAUAGCCGCACACAAUGAGAAUCUAGCUAUGGCUGUCAUUCUUUCUAAGGGGGUGCCUCAGCUCGCCUUAUGCCUGUCGGAGGAGCCGGAACACCACAUAAAAGCCGCAACCGUGUGGUCCAUAAACCAGAUUGGACAGCACACUCCGGAGCAUGCCAAAGCUGUGGCCAUAUGCAGCCUGCUCCCAAAACUGUUACAGCUAUACAUGGAUGCCAGCAGCUCUGAGGAUCUGCAGACCAAGAGUAAGAAGGCGCUGAAGAGCAUCCUCCAGAAAUGCACCCAUUUCCCUGCUCUAGAGCCCCUACUCUACGAUGCCCCCUCCAAUAUACUCAAGCACGUGGUUGGCCAGUUCAGCAAGGUCCUGCCUCAUGACAGUAAAGCUCGGCGGCUCUUCAUCACCAGUGGAGGGCUGAAGAAAGUGCUGGAGAUUGAUGCAGAACCUGGGUCUGUUCUGCAGGAGCACGUCAACGCCAUCAAGAGCUGCUUCCCAGAGGAGAUAGUUAGAUACUACUCUCCUGGAUACCCAGAGGCAUUACUGGAGCGUUCAGAGAACUAUCAACCAGCCUGA